AUGCCUUCCCAACAACAUCAUGAGCCAAACCCAGAGGUUGCUGAUGUCGACGCAGUUGAACAAGACGAGAGCAGCAUUUAUGCCACAGACGCACUGAAUGUUGAGUACUAUAGUCCUCGCAGUUUUCUGUCCUUCUCCUCCCAGCCUGGAGUGAACUGGAUCAAUUCAAAGGUGAAGUCGCCGGAAUUCGCGAACGUGGCCAUGCGAAUCGUCAUGACCUUGGCGGGAAUGCUGAAGAUGAGCCGUACCCCAUCGGCUACUCGCGCACCAGAGCCUGCACCAGAGAUUGCGUGGGAAUACACCGAAGCGUACUUUGAAGAGGCGCUCGAUGCAACGUUUGGCAUUGUCGAGCGAUCUUGGUUUGAGUCUCGACUCCGUGCCCAUUUUCGCGGCGAACUCCCGGACGAUAAGUCGUGGUACGCGUUGCGCAAUGUCCUAUGGGCAAGCGGGUGUCGAAUAGCGCUCUCGAAAUCAUCGAGUUUGAGUUUUCGAGAAAUUUCGAAUGCUUCAGGAAACUUGUUCGAGAAUGCGCUGUCGGUACACACAGAGAUCCAAGUUUUGCGAGCAUCCAUGGUAGGGGUGCAAGCACUGAUUCUAAUGGCAUACUAUAGCGAAGGAAUGGGUAAGGUGUCGUUGCAAUACAUCAUGUGCUCCAACGCAAUGCGCAUGGCCUGUUCAAAGGGCCUUCACAGACGGCCUCCGCGGUCUUGGAACAUCUCAUCCCAUGAAGUGCAGCAUAGAAAUUGGAUUUUCUGGUCCAUAUAUUGCCUGGAGAAACAGAUAUGUACACGAUCAGGUCGCCCUUCGGUGAUGGAUGACGAUGAGAUUGACUGUCAAGUCCCAGACCGUGCGCUGGACGGCGGCGACGGGAACACAAUUUAUUGCCGCUUACUUACUGAGAUGAUGCAACUCUCAUCCACAGUUAGAAAGCGGCUCUGUACCCCUCGCGCUUUGCAACAGACUCCAGAACAAUUGUUCGACAUCGUACGCGAUCUGACUAAGAGGCUCGACCACCUAAAGAACCACGCACUACACCAAUCUAAAUUCAGCCUCGAUCGUCCCCUCGACACUUUCCGGCUGCCAGAUAUCGGCCUUACUUUGCGUCAAGUGCAAUCGCUACAAUCCCAUUACUUCUGUCUUGUGUUGGAUAUAAAUACCCCGUUGACAUAUCCUUGGUCAGCUCUUCGUUCACGCAUAGAACAAAGCACAUCCGCCUUGGCUCGGAUCGAAGGAUCAUGCAGGGCGGUAGCACAGGCUGCCCGGUCUGCAAUCCUUGCAACUCGCCAAAUUAAAAUUGAUGCCAGUUGUCCUGCAAUGAUCGCACAGUAUACUCCAGCAUACACUUUCAUCAACCUUUUUGUUCAAAUACUGCAGGACGCCAAUGCACCGACAACAAAUUCAGAUCUAAGACUUCUAGAUGUGUUGCUGGGCUACGUCUCCAACGUUGAAUUAAUUACAGAUCUAGAAGUAUCACUCUUAUUUGUCCGGGAUAUGUGCCAGUUUGCAAGGCUGGCGGUAGAUCGUAACAACAAGGACAAGGACAACCAAGCCAACGACCUCCCAGCUGAUAAUGAGAGCCUGCACUUGCAACCGCACUCUUUCACAUGGAAUCAAGACUUAGGGCUCUCGGAGAAUGAUUUUCUCGGUGCAUUUGGUGAUGAUACUUUCGAAAUGUGGAAUACUUUACUUCCAUUUACGGAUACAGACGACAUCCUGUUCUGA